AUGGGAUUAUUUCAGCAACUAUACGGUUGGCUUGGUGCCUGUAUCAUCAUAUUCUGGUCAAUAAUCAAGUUCUUUCUUCCAGCUCAGAAAAAGUCACUUGCUGGUGAGAUCGUGCUGGUGACAGGCGCUGGCAGUGGCAUCGGACGGCUGAUGUCAAUAAACUUUGCCAAGCUGGGAUCAACAUUGGUCAUAUGGGACAUCAACAAAGAUGGAGCCGACGAAACAGUAAAACAGAUCACUGAUUUAGGUGGGCAAGCCCACAGCUAUCGAUGCGACGUGACUAAGAAAGACGAAGUCUACCGUCUCGCCAAACAAGUCAAGAAAGACGUUGGUGAUGUCACGAUACUCGUUAAUAACGCCGGGGUCGUGGCGGGAAGGAGGUUUCUCGAUUGUCCAGAUGAGUUAAUUGAAAGAACUAUGAACGUGAAUGCGAUGUCUAUAUUUUGGACCUUGAAAGCCUUCUUACCAUCAAUGGUGGCAAAUAACCAUGGUCAUUUGGUUACUGUAGCAAGCAUGGCAGGUACUUUUGGUUCGCCAUUUUUGGUUGAGUAUUGUGCGAGUAAGUUUGCUGCAGUUGGCGUGCAUGAAGCACUGACUGCCGAGUUGUCGGACCUUGAAAUUAAUGGUGUACAGACAACGUUGGUGCAGCCAUUCUAUAUUGCGACUGGGAUGUUUGAUGGUGUCAAGACUGGGGAUAUUCCCAUUCUGGAGCCAGACUAUGUGGCUGACAAAGUGGUCCAUGCUGUGCAGGUGAACCAGAAGCAACUUUGCAUGCCGAAGAUCAUGUAUUAUUAUGCCUAUUUUAAGGGGUGGAUGCCAGUCAGUGCAUUAAUGUUCAUGAUAAAAUCUACUGGUGGCUAUCGUGCAAUGGAAAACUUCACUGGAAGAGAAAAGAAGGCAACAUGAAGAAUUCGGCCUCUGAAGACAGUGACACGAAUAAUACUAACAAUAUAAUCAAAACCAUGUACAUUUGUUUCUUAUUAACAUUAUAAAUCAUAAUCGUAUAAUCACCCGUUUAUUUUUCUGAUUUAUAAACUCGCAUGUUUGGGUUGACAUGUAAAUGUAAGUAGCUCUUUCGGGCAAAGAUGUCAGCUUUAUUGCCUGCUUUGCCUUUGACAGGCUUGAAAUAGUGCAGUAUGAAUAACUAAACUAGCAUUGUAUAAAGCAUUACGUUCAUUAUCUGAAACCACCUUACCAAUACUCGUUCAUGCAUAGUUGCUGAGGUUAAGAAUGGAAAAAAAUAGUUUUGAGUUUUUUACUGGCAUACUUUACAUAGUA